GAUCUCCUGAGCGAGAAUAAGGUAAAAAGGAUACUAGUAAUGAAAAUGAAAGCGAUCUUCCUCACCAAGACGACAGCCUGCGUAUUAACGCUAUGGGCGCUGGCCUAUUUUACAGGAAUUUACAAACCCAUGUCAAUUGAUCGAGAAAAGGGAGUAAUAAAUGGCAGUGGAACUUCUCUUCAAACCACUAACAACUUGCCCAAACGCAAUCAAGAACACAACUCCAUAGAUAAACGGAUCUGGGAGUCCUUCGGUUGGGACAAGGUACCUCAGAAUUGGGUAUCUUCCGUAAUCAGACGAAAACAAAGGUUAAAAGACAGAUGCAGCGCCCGCAAAACUGCUCCGUUCAACUAUUUGAAGAAAUUGAACUGGAUUUUAGUGGAUGACAAAUAUAAACUAAUAUUGUGCACUAUGUUGAAAGCCGCAAGUCGUAAUUGGAGAAAUGUGUAUCAGAUUCUUUCUGGUCGUCAGGAUCCUGCCACUGUUGUCUUCAAGGGCAGAAAAGAAUACUAUACACAGUUAUAUUCUAAUGACUACAAGAACAACAGCAUGCGCUUAGCAAGUUAUCUGAAGAUCUUAGUGGUGCGACACCCACUAGAGAGACUCGUGUCGGCGUACAAGGAACAAGUUUUGUUUCGGUUUUUAGGUCCCAGAGUGAAAACUUAUAUAAACCAGCAAUAUAAGAGGAACAUUACUUUGCAAAAACAUAUUUCCUUUUCGGAUUUCCUGCAGUAUAUAGCGGACAAUGGACCAAACAAUAUCCACUGGGCUUUGGUCGAGGAUUUUUGCAAACCCUGUGACGUUCAGUAUGACGUCAUCGUUCAUCAUGAAGAUCUUACCACUGACGCGCCUAAUGUCUUGCGUCUACUUGGUGCCGAACACUUGAUAGCACAAUUCCCGUCAUCUCAUCGCAAGAUCGAGUCCUACCGCAACGCGACUCUCAUACAAAAAUAUUAUAGCGGGAUAGAUAGAGAACUGCUGAAAAAGGUCUGGGAUAUUUACAAAGAAGAGGCAAGCUUCCUCGGAUAUAAAUUAGAUCUUUGAAUGUAUGUCAUAAUACGGCACAUGCAUGCUGAAUUUCCAUUAGAAUCAUAAUCGAACGGCAACAAUAUUGCAAAAAAAUUAAAUGCGGGUGGUAUCAGAAUUUAAAAUUAAAAACGGGCUACUAUGUAUUUGUACAUUGAACC